AUGUCUUGGGUGAAAGCUGCGUCGUUCAACGGUGAAGACGUGUUCGACGAGAAUGCGGACGAUCUUUAUUUACAGAGUAAAGAGUGGGCAUCCAACAUGAAGAAACGGAUCAAGGACGGUUAUGUGGACGGAGUGAAUGCCGGAGAGGAGGCCUCGCUUCAGAUGGGGUUUAACAUGGGAUUCAGAGAAGGAGCAGCUCAGACUGUGGCUGUGGGUCGACUCAGAGGGAUUGUGAGCGCUGUAUGGUGCUGGUGCCAGAUCCAGCAUCCAGAAAAGCCCGCCCCGUCUCAUCUGAUCGACCUCCUGCAGCAAGUGACGCAGCACGAAGAGGGAAUCAUCGACGGCAUCAGGAAAACUCUGGAGAAUCCUCCUCCGAGCGUGAGCGACGUCUCUGAGAGCAUGGAGGAUCUGGAGGUGAAACCUGCAGGUUGCGAAGAGACGGACUGCUGCAGGAGCGAACAGAAAAUGGACCUGGGCGGUUCUCACAAUCAGCAGAAUCUCCGCUGUGAGUCCAGCUGCGCCGCCUCGGGGUCAGCUGAAGGUCUGGACCUCCUCGUGCAGCGCUGCAUGGAUCUAGCUUCAGAGCUGGAGCUGCCGCAGGAACUGAUCAACCGCAUAGAGGAGCUGAGGAACAUGUAAAAAUACCUGAACCGCUGUGAUCUGACCGGGAUUUAGAGACUUUUAUACACAAAACUGAAAUAAGUUUCAUGUAAAUACUGUGUAUUUACAGGUUUUCUAAGUUAUUUUGGAAAUUUUUUUAUAUAAAAAAGCAACGUUUACCACA